AUGGACGAUGUGUACAUGGGAAGUGACGCGGGUUACGACAGCGGUCAGGUAUGGAACGCGCCAGCUCUCCCGAAAGCUCCGACCUUCAAGGGCUCGACGAAGGCAGAACAACGUGUUUUUAUGCGCGAGUACCAGAUGUACUUGUCGCAAAUUAACGCGAUGCAAUGUGUCGGUUCACGUCCGUUUGCUAUGCUUGUCAAUGCGUGUAUGGACCCGUUUUCCAAGCGGCGCAUUGCCCUGUUCGAUCUGAACAAGGAUCACAAUGCUGUUACGGAAGCAGAAUGGAUUGCGUGGUUCAACGCGGCGCUCGAAGAAGAACCCCAAGACUUGGACAUUCUGAAGAAGCGCCUGGCGGCCGCCAUCCGAUUCGAUACUGGACGCUGA